AUGCAUUAUACAAAACCAUCUAAUAAACUAUAUACUGUUGAGCGCGAGGUUCAUCAAAGCAGGACAGAUGAGCUUUGGUUCAAUUUCGGAGGGAACUUUCUCCGUUUUGGCAUCGAGGAGUUUUAUGUUGUCACUGGUUUGAAAUGCACUAGACAAAGCAAGAAGCUGAACAUUCCCAAGAUUUCUAAUGGACUCCACGACAAGUAUUUCAAGGGGGUUGACUUAACCCGAAACCAUAUCAGAUGGCAGUUUCAAAAAAAGUCAUGGGCGAGUGAUGAAGACGCCGUCAAAUUAGCUAAGUUACACUUGUUAGAAAAUUUCCUCAUGGGAUCUCAAGACGCCCUUCGCAUCGAACGCUGUUAUGUUGACAUGAUCGAUAGCGCGGAAUGCGAUGAUUAUUCCUGGGGUACCGAUCUAUUUGAGUUUACCUUUCAUUACCUAAAGAAGUCGAUUCACACGAGAGAGCAGAUGCAUAUCUUUGAGAAGGCUGAGGGGGCUGGCUACCUCUAUCGUUGCUAUGGUCUUAUUCUGGCACUUCAGACCUGGUUCUAUGAGGUUUGCGAACCUGCCCAGGGUGUACUCUCCACAAAUGUUGGUGUACACGAUAUCCCCAGGAUACUUAAAUGGGAAGUUCAAGAUAUCUAUACUCGUAUUUUCAUGGAGAGGACCUUUUCCGACCUUCAUUACUCUAAGUUCAAGAACAUAAUCCCCACCGAGGCCGAGAGACAGAUUCUUUUGUUGAACUCAUUCUUCAAAAACAAAAAUAAGUUCACUCAAAACGAGAUUCCAUCAACUGACACUCCACGACACACCAAUGGUGUUGAUGUUAUAACCCGGCUAGACACAAUUACUGCUGAACUUGAGAGUUUGAAGCAAUCCUUCCUCGAAUUCUCGAGACGUGCUUUUGCUGAGUUUGAAUUUUUCAAGGAGAAAUUACUUAAGGCUUCUGAUGUUAAUGAUAAGAAUACGAGUGUGAAGUCUCCAAUAAGAGCGUUCAGAACAAAAUCCAAAGCACUUAUGAAGCGAGCAGCAGACAAGCCUCUUCAGAACGCUUCUGAUGUUAAUGUCGAGAAUACAAUUGUGAAGUCUCCAUUAAGAGCCUGCAGAACCAAAGCUGAAGCACUUAUGAAAAGCGCAGCAGAUAAGUUUGUUCCAGUAAAACUUUUGCCAGAGCCCGGUAGCCAUGUACCAGUUCAAAAUUUACCUCAGCCUGAUUUACAUGUAGCAAGUGGUGAUGACGAUGAUGAUACAUUUUCCAUGAUUAACACCCAAUUCUUAGAGGAAAUUGACCGGACUUUGCAAAAAAAGUUGAAUGAAUCAUCCGAGGGGAAAGAACCGAGAGGUUUCGACUAUGAGCCACACCCUAUCUAUGGUUACACACUGGAUGGAUCGCAGCCGUCAUUUGAUGCUGUAAUGGCCGCUCUACCACCGACACCACCAUCCAAGAAAGCUAUUCAAUCGACGCACAAUAAUCCUGCUCUGGUUGAGGAGAAUGUAGCAAAGGAGAAACAUUGCGAUGUUGUGGUUGUGCAUGUGUCAAAGAUAGAAGCCGUGAAACCAACAUCGAAUCCUAAGGAAAAAUCGAAGAAGGAAACUUGUCUGAAGAAGAAAGUACGACUUUUUAGAUCAUGCCCAUUUGAUGUCACUUUUGACAUAGUUGUGUCUGGAAAAGUGGACAUGAAGAACUACAAGGAUUGGAUUGCCGAAGGAUUUCUCCGUACUGCUCCUCGUAAAUUGGACAACGGGAAACUUAGCAAGACAUUGCCCAUACCGUUUGACUUCAAUGUUGCUGUGGUAACGGACAAGAACUGGUUUUACAACAUCCAAGAGAUAAACUGCUUCCUCGACAGCAGCCACUUGGAUGUCAUCUUUUAUUACUUGAAGAAGUUUGGACUCUAUGCCAAAAGUGCCCCCGUCAGCGAUUGCGGGGGGUUUGUUGCAUCGUUUGCCGAACAUUUCAUUUCGGAUCACGAGAUUCCCAAGGAGAAGUUUGAUAUCAACUCUCAAAGGGAAAGGUAUGGAUAUUUGUUCUACAAACAUGGCCGAAUGAAACAGGUUAACGAGUGCGAUAGUGACGAUGAUUCCCAGGGCAGUGUCCCCGAUGAAGUUCGGUUCGGAUUUUUGGCAUAG